GUUCUUGGUAGCUGGGCUUGUUGCACCCGGUGGGUUUUCGGAGGCAGGAGCGGGAGCAGGAGACUCGAGCUUAAAUACCGCAUCAAGAUGGACAUUCUGAAGUCAGAGAUUCUUCGGAAACGGCAGCUGGUGGAGGACAGGAACCUGUUGGUGGAAAAUAAAAAAUAUUUCAAGCGAAGUGAACUUGCAAAAAAAGAAGAGGAAGCAUAUUUUGAGCGGUGUGGCUAUAAGCCUAUAAAUGAGAAGCCAUCUGGAGAGAUACAGCCAAAAGAGGAGGACCAGAAACCACUAACUUCAUCUAAUCCAGUGUUAGAACUUGAACUGGCAGAAGAAAAAUUACCCAUGACUCUUUCUAGGCAAGAGGUUAUCAGAAGAUUGAGAGAAAGAGGAGAACCGAUUAGACUAUUCGGAGAAACCGACUAUGAUGCUUUUCAACGUUUAAGAAAAAUAGAGAUCCUCACACCAGAAGUUAACAAGGGCUUGAGGAAUGAUCUGAAAGCAGCUUUGGAUAAAAUCGAUCAACAGUACCUCAAUGAGAUUGUGGGUGGUCAGGAACCUGGAGAGGAAGACACACAGAAUGAUCUGAAAGUUCAUGAAGAAAAUACCACCAUUGAAGAGUUAGAGGCACUGGGGGAGUCACUGGGGAAAGGCGAUGAUCACAAAGACAUGGACAUCAUCACCAAAUUCUUGAAGUUCCUUCUUGGUGUUUGGGCUAAAGAAUUGAAUGCCAGAGAAGAUUAUGUAAAACGCAGUGUGCAAGGUAAACUGAACAGUGCUACUCAGAAACAGACUGAGUCCUAUCUCAGACCGCUUUUCAGAAAACUCCGAAAAAGGAAUCUUCCUGCUGAUAUUAAAGAAUCAAUCACAGAUAUUAUUAAAUUCAUGCUGCAGAGAGAAUAUGUGAAGGCAAAUGAUGCAUACCUUCAGAUGGCCAUUGGAAAUGCUCCCUGGCCUAUUGGUGUCACUAUGGUUGGUAUCCACGCCAGAACUGGCAGGGAAAAGAUUUUUUCCAAGCAUGUUGCCCAUGUUUUAAAUGAUGAAACUCAGCGGAAAUAUAUUCAGGGAUUGAAGAGGCUAAUGACUAUUUGCCAGAAACACUUUCCUACAGACCCAUCAAAAUGUGUGGAGUAUAAUGCACUAUGAGAUCUAUGAACAGUGUGCCCAUGAUAAUAAGAAACUUUAAGGAAGCAGGAUAUGGACUUCUAACAUUCCAAUAAGAGUGAAGGAAGAAGAAAACUGGAGUUUCCUGCCUGAGUUCUACCUGAUGCAAUUCUUGAUUGGUUUAAGAACUGUGUUGGCUUUCAUAUCAUAUUUGACUGCACACUGAUUUUUGUGUCUUGCUUUCAUUUUAAGUCAUUGGGAACUUAAGUUCUAAAAACUUUCCCCCACAUUUUAAAUGUGUAGACAGCAAUACUAGAAGGGAGUUUGGGCCAGGCAUGGUGGUGUGUGUCUGUAACACCAACACUCAGGAGGCUGAGCCUGGCGGAUCGAGAGUUUGAGGCUAACCUGGGCUACAUACCUGACCUUGUCUCAAGAAAAUAAACAAAAAAGGACAAGUUUGCUUUCUAGCACAUUAGCUUCUCAGUUACUCCCGUAUGGAAGGCACACUUGGCACUUAAAAUAAUAAUAAUAAUAGAAAGGAGUUUGAAAUGAUCUUUUCUGACUACACUUGAAAGCAAUGGUUAGAUAAUCAGAAACAUUUGAAGACUUAAUUUUUCUGUAAAAUGUGAUAAUUUGCACAUUGUCUUAUUUAUAGUAAUGUUUUUUAUAUUUCAACAAAAUUAUGGAA